AUGGGAUCCAGUGGUAGAACUAUCAAACUCCCCCUCGUUCCCUUAGCCAAGGGCUCCGUUCUUCUCCCUGGAGUGACACUUCGCAUCCCGGUCUCCAAUCGACCAGACUUGACUAAUCUAUUGUCGUCUCUGGUCGAUCGUCCUUCGAAGCGCGAUGGCAGCUCCAUCACCUUCGGAUGCAUUCCGCUCAGCUCACCGUUCCUGAGUCGUGAUGGCCAGCAGCUUCUUGAAGGUGAUGAAUCUGAUGAGGUUCGAAGGGAUGAUUACGAUUCCAUUGAUGCCGGCCAGGCGCGCAAGGACGACCUCUUUCGCUAUGGUACCAUGGGCAAGGUGAUCGGGGUUCAGCGCCGCGCUUACGCCGAGCCUUUCCUUCUGGUCCAGGGCUCCCAACGGUUUACCGUCAAGAAGAUCCUUAAGGACCGACCAUUCUUUGAGGCGGAGGUGAAUCUUCACGACGAGAGCACUUCAUCUAUACACGGGGACUCGGAAGCCGCCGAGCUCUUCCAGCAGCUUCGACAAUUAUCUCGCGAACUUCUCACUCUUCUGCGUCUCUCUUCCCUACUGUCAUCUGCCUCGACCCGCCUGUCGCCGCUUGUUGCCCGAAAGUUUGAGCUGUACAUAUCGAAGACAGAGAUUGGGCAAGCUGGAAAGUUGGCCGACUUCAUGGCAGAUGUAUCUGAUGGCAGCUUUGAAGAAAAGCUGCGAAUCUUGUCUUCGUUCGAUGUAAAGGAGCGACUGGAGCGGGUAGUUGAGAUCCUGACCCGCCAGGCGCAACACAUCAAGAGCAGUGUUAAGGUCACCUCUAUUACAACGACGUCAUUCCCUCCCAACUCAGAAAUGAACCAAAUCGACCCCCGUGAGCGUGAACUGCUAGCAAGACGGGCAAUGGCCGGCCUCUCGGGCUUGAACCCACCUGGCACUGCGGGUGCCCGUGGCGGUGGCGACAACGAGGAGAAGGAGCCAAAUGAAGUUGAUGAGCUGCAGCAACGUAUUAAGGAUGCCGAACUUAGCCCUGAAGCCCAGAAGGUGGCCGACAAGGAGCUGAAGCGCUUGCGCAAGAUGAACCCGGCCAACGCGGAAUACGGCGUUUGCCGUACUUACCUCGAAAACCUGGCAGAAAUCCCCUGGACCAAGGUGACUGCGGAUCAACUAGGCCCUGAUACACUGAAGAAUGCGCGACAGCAGCUGGAUGAGGAUCACUACGGACUAGAGAGGAUCAAGAAGCGACUAUUGGAGUACCUCGCAGUCCUGCGCCUCAAGCAGUCCACCAAUGAGGACGUCGAGCGUCAGAUCACGGGUCUCUCCAGCGAAUUGGAUGCAUCUUCAGCUGGAGAUCUUGAGAAAGAUGUUCCACUGCUCUCGGAGGCUGACAGGGUCGCAUUGGAGGCCCGAUUGGAGGUGCUCAAGUCUAAGCGUAUGACUGAUAAGUCACCAAUUCUACUACUCGUUGGUCCUCCCGGAACAGGUAAAACCAGCCUGGCAAGAUCGGUGGCCGCUUCGCUUGGUCGUAAGUUCCAUCGGAUUUCACUUGGUGGUGUUCGUGAUGAGGCAGAAAUUCGCGGCCACCGACGGACUUAUGUUGCCGCCAUGCCUGGUCUGGUCGUCAAUGGCUUGAAGAAGGUCGGUGUCGCCAACCCAGUCUUCUUGCUUGACGAGAUUGACAAGGUUGGAGGCGCUAACUUCCAAGGUGAUCCCUCUGCGGCCAUGCUUGAGGUUCUGGAUCCUGAGCAAAAUAACUCUUUCACUGACCACUAUAUCAACAUUCCGAUCGAUCUCAGUAAGAUUCUAUUCAUUGCUACUGCAAACUCACUGGAGACCAUCCCGGCACCAUUGCUGGACCGUAUGGAAACCAUCUCACUGUCUGGAUAUACUACCGUGGAGAAACGGCACAUUGCCAAGCGGCACCUGAUUCCCAAGCAGAUCCGUUCCAAUGGUCUGUCUCAGGGACAGGUCAAUCUUUCUGACGAAGUCAUUGACAAGACUAUCACCUCUUACACCCGCGAAUCUGGCGUGCGUAACUUGGAGCGUGAGAUCGGAUCUAUCUGCCGUCACAAGGCUGUUCAAUUUGCCGAUGCUGGCGAUGCCGAUCGUCUGUCUGAAUACAAUCCUGUUGUCACAGUCGAAGAUCUAGAGGAUAUCUUGGGAAUUGAAAGAUUCGAGGAGGAGAUCGCUGAAAAGACUGGUCGACCUGGAGUGGUCACUGGCCUGGUUGCUUAUUCCACAGGCGGACAGGGCAGUAUCUUGUUCAUCGAGGUCGCUGACAUGCCCGGCAAUGGCCGAGUCCAGCUCACUGGAAAGCUCGGUGAUGUCCUUAAGGAGUCUGUUGAGGUUGCCCUCACCUGGGUCAAAGCCCAUUCGUUCGAGCUGGGACUUACCCAUGACCCUAAUGAGGAUGUUAUGAAGAACCGCAGUCUACACGUUCACUGCCCAUCUGGCGCCAUUCCGAAGGAUGGCCCUUCGGCUGGUCUGGCACACACCGUCGCGUUGAUCUCUCUCUUCACCAACAAGGCCGUUCCACCUCAGAUCGCCAUGACCGGUGAGGUUUCGCUACGGGGCCGUGUCAUGCCCGUCGGCGGAAUUAAGGAGAAACUUAUCGGCGCUCAUCGCGCGGGUGUAAAGACUGUGCUACUGCCACAUCCUAACCGUAAGGACGUCAAGGAUGUCCCCAAGGAGGUGACCGACGGUCUAGAAAUUAUCUAUGUCCAGCAUAUCUGGGAAGCACUCCGCCAAAUCUGGCCGGACGCUCACUGGCCUGGCCAGCACCACAUGAACUUCGUCGAGAGCCGGCUGUAG